UAGAGAGAGAGAGAGAGAGAGAGAGAGAGAGAGGAGAGAGUGAAAGUAAAUGGGAUAAACUUUGGAAACCUUCGAAUUUUGCUUCAAUCGCUCGCUUCCUCUCAGCCCGAUUCUCCUUACAUUUUUUUUUUCUUCUUGCAAAUCUUUCGAGUGAAGCAUCUACAAGGAGAAAUCUGUUCAAAUGAUUUUCGCGAUUAAUCUUUUUCGUCUCCCUCACGGCCGCAGUGAGAUCCACAGUUUUCGAUUUCAAUCUCCACCGUCGCCGGCCCUUUCUCGGAACCGGCUCCCGUGCCAAAUCUCCUACUGCAUAAAGAAACUCAGCGACGCGGAGCUCGCCUCCGAUCUCGCAACGGAAGUUGCGAAAAUGAGCACCAAUUUGAUUCAGAGGGAGGAGGCGAUGAAGAAGAGCAAAGAGUUUUUGUUCACGGAGCUCUGCGGAUUUCUAGGUCUGAAAUCGGAGGAGACGAAGAAGAGCUGGAAAAAGAUGGACGAAGAGGCGAAAUUGGCAUUGGUUAAAGAGUUCGUUACGGAGUGGGGGUUCAAUUUUCAGCCAUUGUCGCCGAGGUCUGUGAAGGAAUUGGUGGAGGAAUACGUUAAUGGAGAAAAUAUUUCUGCGAUUUCUUCUGCUCCAUCGUUGAUUCCUUCAUUGAAGAGAAUUAUGGGAUUGUGACAAAGCUCGUGAAAUGCGUUAAUGGCAGAAAGUUUGCACUUGGAUCGUUAAUUCCCAAAUCCAUUGUAAGCUAUUCUCUGCAUUUUUAUGGGAUUGAGCUCUCAAUUUCGGUUCAAUGCAUUUCUGGUUUUUCAUUUUCCUUAUUUCCUUCGCUUACUUUAAUAAUUUACACAUUACAAGUGUUUCAGCUUUUAUGGGCUUCAACUCUCAAAUUCGGUUGAAUGCAUCGUUGAUUCCUUUAAUUA